AUGAAGUUCUCACAAGUCCUCGUCCUGGCGUCAUUGCCUGUCAAUGCUUUGUCCUCUCCAUCCAACUGGUUUAGAGGCGUGGCACAGCCUGACCUGAUAUCUGAAGAUGUGAAUGCACCAAUUGAGUCGCCAAUCGAACAGUCUUCAAGAUUCAAGCCCAGCGAAUUACUCGAUUUCAGCGCUCGCAAGCCAGAAGCUUAUACCAACGCAAUAGUGGUGCUGAAGAACUUGGAGCAGAAACCAAUUUGCCAUCGUACGGCUGCCCAAUUACUUAUGGACAACUGCCAUGGAAUUGAGGAAAAUGACGCGUCCAGUGAUCAGUGGGGUAGUGCUCACAUCCAAAGACAUCAUGUGGAGAGCUUCGCAAACGGUCUUACCAUGUGUGAUAUGGAGCGUGCCAGAUUCGUGACACCAGAAGCUUGCAGCCCGUUUGGAAGCUCGGCCCUCUGUCGUGCUUCUCGUGAUAAGCAUAGCCAACUAGGGAUCACCCAAGCACAAGUUACGGAUUGUUUGGAGGCUCUUGGGGGAGAUGAAAGAUCUUGGAGCACAUGGCUCAGCAAUCGUGACAAAGCUGUCACCAUCUGCCGAGCUGCACGUCUUGACAUUGAGAAAGACCAGGCAAUUCUCGUGCAUAAGCAACUUGUCGAACUUAUGCAACAAUUCACGAGUGGCGUGGACGAUGAUUUGACGAGACUGAGAGAGCAUCUCAAGGCCAGCUCACGAUUCGCCAAAUCCUUCGUUGAUGAUUUGACAAAUCAAGCCGAAAACGGGAAGGCCAAGUUAAACAGCGCUUUCGAAACCGUAUCGGAAGAUAUCAAGGGCGUUGAUUCGGUCGUCAAGUCCAUUCUCAGUAGUGGCACGGACGUUCUUCAUAUGUUCAAGCUUUCAAUGCAGACGGUCCUCCAAGGAAACGCAGAAAUGGCAUCAGAGCAAGAGCAGGCUCUCGCCGUAGCCACUGAUGCAUUCCAACAGCGCGUGGGAGGUAUCAACAACGCUGUUGGACAGACGGAAGCAAGUGUCUUGGUGAUCCAAGAUGCCUUGCAGCAACUUGUGCCCAUGGUGGUAGCAUUACACGAACGCCAGAAUGCGCUUGAAGAAAAAGCACAAUCUGCCCUUUCAGCUGUGAUGAACGCUACCGAACUCCUCCAGAGCCACACGCAGCACUUGCAGCAAGCCAGUAUCAAGGCUUCAGGCAUCAACGAUGAUUUAGACAAAGCUGUGGCUAUUGCACAGACUUGGCAAGAAAAUCUAAGGGUCUCCGGCUCAAUGCCCGACUGGGUCUUCCGAGCAGGGACUCCCAUGGCUGCCCUUAGUCUCGGGAAUUUUGGCAUUGCGCGGUCCACAGGGGGCAAUAUUGGGCUGGCUGGUGCUGGCUUUGUGGUCGGUGAAUCUUUGGUGGUACUACGACAUGUGCAGUGGCCAAACCUGUUCAACUUGUGCACCAUGAAUCUCUUCAGGACCUCAAGCUCUCAACCCCAACAGCAAGUUAACAUGUCAUCGCUGCCUCCCAAAGCACUUUCAGAGAUGAGCCCUUCCUCAUCCUCGACAUAUCAAACAAACACUGACGAGGUUCACAUCGACAUGGUGUAAUCAAGAAUCCGACUAUAACCACUACACAUCAAUCACUCACCUAACUCCGACCUAAAAAAAAAAAGGACCUACAUCAAAGAUAUACAGCCCAUACAUACACAACAAUAUUGCUAUUUACAACGGCUUUGCUAUGAAUUAAUGUUACGAAUGAUUAACACAAUCAAAUUACGACGACGAGGAACUGGACAGGGGUUUGGAGGAUGUCCAGCAAGCAAGCACGAGAUGGAGGUGGAUUACUAUGUUAUUACGAGGGGCGUCGGGGUGCUUUUGCUGAUAAAAUGAAGAUGAUUGACAGACAAUCAAUCUAUCGUUGGCUAGAAAGCAGUAACCAAUGGAGACCGUG